UAUUGAUUAAGUAGAGAGAGUCAACAAUAAGCGCUGACAAUAUUGUAGAGAUAUUGAGCAAUCUAAGAUACAGAAAUUGGAAACACAAUUCACAUUAUAUUAAUUUAUUAUUAAACCACAAUUGCAAGUGUUGUAUCUAUUUUCAUAUCCAACCAGACUUUGUAACCGAAAUGUCGAUAAUAAUUUCUGGUCAACAAAGAUUAGCAAGAAAGAUUCGUGGGAUGUUUUGCUAAACCGGUUUGUGUGUCUUCGUAUGUGAGAUGGAAUAAAAAUUCGUUUAUUUCGCGGAAGGAGCGAAAGAAAUUACGUCACAUUAUGGCAAAAACAAACUGGUGUCGCAAUGAAAUAACAUAUUUGUUCGUUGAACAAAAAUCCUUAACCGGUUAUAUACGCUUAUCUCGUUGACCUUAGCGUGAUAAUUUUUAACUGGAAUGUUGUAUACGAUAUGUCGUAAACUAUAAAAUGAUGUUUCUUUCAGCAAGAAAUUCUAAUUACAGAGUUAAUUAAGACUGAAGAUGAAAAACAUUUUUCGCAAGUAAUAGUGGCCUUUGUAAAGCACUAUAAUUUUGGACAAGAUAAAUUAAAAUUCAUUAAUAAUAAAAACAAGGUUAAAUCUCUUAAACGCGAUGUUUGGUUGAAUUUGUUAAUGCGUUUCCGAAAAACAAAAAGAUCGAUUUUAUCAGAGAAAACCUGCGAUUUAAUUUAUUUCAAAAAAGAUUCGCAAUUAAGCGCGACACUUUCAUACGGCACGCGCUGUCACAUAAAACCGCGCUGUCAAGCGAAUUUGAAAUCCUGGACAAAUUCCGCGCGACGUUCGCAAAUAAUUCGUGAAUUAUUCGCGGACAUUCGUAAGCGCCAGUGCGUCGAGCACGAUUGACCGGGAGAUACGGCUUUGUGCGAGAAACGCGGUGACGGUGGAAUCGGGCGAAAACUCGGGGGGGGUCAAACGGCGCGAUCAGAUACGGGCGAUUAUAUCGCUUGUGCGCGCGCGAUGGAAGUCGCAGUAGUCGCAGCCAGAAACAGCCAGACGGGAGACCCCUGGCCACGGGCUCGGCGCACGGUGGGGCGAGGCGGAGACGCGUGUUGUCUCACGUGUUGGGCGUAAUGCAUCCCGUUUUCGACACGUGAUGCCUCCUCGUCGCGCAGUCCCCUCCCCCCCCUCUCCCUCCGACCCGCGGAUCGCUGAAGAAACGCGAGCGUCACCGCUCGUUGCUCGUAGUCGUCGCAGUGCCUGCCGUUCGCAAGCACGCACAGCACGCCGCACGGUUUGUUCGAUAACGAGAGCAACAGGCUCGUCUUCGGGCGUUAAGUGGACGUUGAUUCGCUAACUCUGCACCCUUUCGACACGCUACUUCGCUCCGGAUUUUCAACAAUUUUUCUAAUCGUAACAAUUCGGAGAAGCAUAAAAAUAUAUCUUUUUGAUAAAAAUAAGACAAAUAAAAAAUAUACGCGGAAUAGUACGUGGAUAUAAAUUUAAGUGCGAUACUCAAAUACGCUCUUAACAUGGAAUUGAUAAAGCAUACAAGCUGUGAAACGCAAAUUUGAAUAUUAUUGCAAAAUCAAUUUGCUGAAUUGCAUGUGGAACAGCUGUUGCUGCAAAUUCUAAAAGUGCACGAUUAGUCGAUAAGGUGCGAGGUGUUUGUGUUGACUAAUCAAGAAGGAGUCAAUUCGGAGUCGAGUUCUCCUCGUGGGAAGAUUGUUUUUAAAAGUGAAUUUUUUAACCGAUACAAAAGCUGUAAUAUCGAUCAACGACAAACUUUAUUUUUAAAUGACACAUCACGCGCGAAAUCUGUGCAAAGAUAUUGUCUGAAAGAGAAACCAGCUUGGAGUACAAUCGAUCUUUGAGCGAGUGGAAUAUUUUCGUUCGCUCUGAAACCUUUGUGCAAGAAAAUUCGACGAAAGAUUAUCUCUCUCUCUCUCUCUUUCCUCCUUCGUGUUCUGCCAUUCAAGGCAAAAUGGUCACACACAGUAUGGAUAAUAUUCUGAAUAUGCAGUACUACCCGACGAAUAGCCACGUCGAUGCAUCAGUGCAUUCACCGCCACCAAGAAAGAGGCGUUGUUUGAAUAAAGAGCAAGAUCCGAUGUCGCACAGAAUCAUCGAGAAGCGUAGAAGAGAUCGUAUGAAUAACUGCUUGGCUGACCUCAGCAGACUUAUACCGGCGGAAUAUUUAAAGAAGGGUCGAGGUAGAGUGGAAAAAACGGAGAUCAUCGAGAUGGCCAUUCGUCACAUGAAGCAUCUUCAAGGUCUUCGACAAGACACUAAGCACUCGCCCGUGACGCCAGUGCACACGCAUCCCGAGGACAGCGUGGACAGUGUGUCCCACUCGGCUGCCGCCUCCACCGCGGCGGAGCAUUACAGGCUGGGGUUUCAGGAAUGCUUAAGCGAGACUAUGCACUUCCUCGUGGAAGUCGAAGGUUUUUUCGCGAGGGACGCUCUCUGCGUGCAGCUUAUCAAUCAUUUACAGCAGCAUUGUGACAAAAUCUUGGCCACGAGCGACCGAUUAGGCUUUCCGCAUCCCGAGCUGCCAGCGACGAACGGCGCGAUGAACGGCGCCGGUUACGCGCACACAAGCAUUUCGACGAUAUGCCAGCCGAACGGCGGUCACUCGGACCACGGUUCGAGCUCGGGCGUGAGCUCGUUUGGCGACCCGGAACGCCCGCUGUUACGGCCGACGAUCGUGCCGCCGCCAACAAUCGUGAGUGACGACAGCAACCACAGCACCCACUCGCACAGCACGCCGCCCGGGACCGGGACUGUCUCCUGCCGAGACCGGCCGACCAAUUACAAGUUCAAGAGCUCAAUCAAGCAAAGGUUCUCAGCCGAGAGGGUGAAGUCGUGCUCGCCGCCGAUAUCGAACGGCGCUGGCACGGACAAGCCGCCGUCCUCCUCGUCCCACGGGGUACCAAUCUUCGCCCUGCACGACGCCGGCUCCUUCUACGUGCCGCUGACAGUCGAGGCGUCCCUGAUCAGGCCGCAUCUGAGCUUCAUUCCGGAUAUCGGGCCCGACACCGUACUUCAUCCGGUCACGAUAUCAGUUAACUUUAAACAUUCGACGCCGCCCGCGUGGACGCAGCAGCACAGCCCCACGCAUCAGCAUCAGACAUAAGCGGCAGGCGUGAACGAAUUAGGUCUCCGGUUAUUGAUUCUUGACGAGUCAACCGCCCUGAUGCGAGAGUAAUUAUAAGAACUCGACAAAACUUUUUAAGUAACACUGUCAGACAUUGUGAUGGAAUCGGAAGCGAUAAUGAGAUCGUUUGUGAUAGCCGCGAAAAUCGCAAACUGUAAUCGUGAUUUCUCUAUUUUAUUAAUCGCAGUACGCGGUGAAUGGAGUGAAGUGGCCUAUACGCGGUACAAUUUAUUGGCAUACUUACAAUUAGUACCAUUGUUAAAUCUCGUUAGAUUAAAUUUUGGGAAUUAGAGAAAAGAAAAAAAAAACGCUCAGUAAUAUGCUAAGGUAAUCUAUACUAAGAUAAGUGUGUAAGAUUCCUUAGAUCUGGAUGUAUCCGAUCCACGCUUUUAAUCCUUAAUCCGUAAUUUAUUUAUGAGCAUGAAGAAUAUCUCAGCAUAUUGAGAACCGAUUUCCUUCAGGGUCUUCUCCAUGAACAUUUUUAAAAUGUGUCGUUGAAUCGUCUUUCUGAUUUGUUACACGUUAGCAAAUUAAGCAUCGCUACAAGAAUUCUUUAGUCGCAAGUUUUUUUAAACGUUUCAAAAAAAGGUAUUUAGAAACUCUGCUAUCUCGCUCUCGCCACUUGGUGUGAAACCAUAGAUCUCUGGCAUUAUUCUCUCUCUCGUCGAUAUUUUAAAAUAAAUAUUGCAUCGUGUAUGGGUCGCUUUUAUAGCGUAUGUGCAUGGAGGAAUGUCGAAAUCGAGAAUGUUUGUACAUUUACUGAGGCUGUGGGUUGUUUUAGCAUUUAUGAGGUUCGAGAGAGAAAGAGUGUUAAGGGUUGUAUAUAUAUAUAUACGUAUAUAUAUACAUAGAGAGAGAGAGAGUAUUAAGAAUAGGAAGCUCCAAGUCGUUCUGGCUUCGGCGUGUCUUUCUUCGUUGUUAAUCUGUAUAAUUCACCGUUUACCUUCUUCCUCUUUGCCGACAGUCAUUUCGUCUCGUUCCCCUCUUCGCUCCAUCCGUUCUCCUUCCUCGACGCUCACUUUCCAUCUGUCAAUUCGCGCGUCAAUUCUUACGUUCUCACGAACGAAGAAAUCCAGUAUGAGAAUUGCACGAGUGCUCAUUACGGAUAUCGAACAUUCGUCAGUUGUGCAUUGAGUAUUCGAUCAAU